GGGCGGAGCUACGCCGAGGGAUGACGUCACGCAGCCUGUGUGUACUGGCUGCUCUGUUUCUGUGAAAUCCGAGCUCGGCUUUAAAGAGUGAUAAGAUGGUGACAAAGAGGAUCCGCUCAGAGUACAUGAAAAAUUUCAAAGACCCUAAAUGGGAGACUUUCAGCAAAUGUUACGAGGAGAUGCUGACGUACAGGCUGACUCGCAGGCUUCUGGAGCACACGCACAAUCCCUGGUUCUGGAAUGGCUCGGACAGUGAUUCAGAUUCAGCGGGAAGGAGCCCUCAUCCUCCAGGUAAGAACCAGGUUGUGGCUGAGACCAGCAGAGACGGAGCAGAGCCGGAGCUGGAGGAGAGGACCACCACACAGCAGGAGCAGCAGAACAGAACCACAGAGGCUGUAACCAGGCUUCAUAUUCAAGAUGAGGAGGCGAACGAUUCUGCUUUGCACUCUGCAGUCCACGGCUCACAGUCCCAUGGUAUGGAGUCGAAAGCACUGCAGGGGGAAGAAGAGGAGCAGAGAGUCUGCAACAGAGCCAGCAAACGGUUUACACAUCCUCUCAGAGACAAAGACACAGGAAGACCCCAAACACAGAAGACAAAACUCUCCAAAUCCUCAAAACAAGCUUGGCGUUCCCAGCGCGUGAGGCCUGCACCAUUCCAGCCGCCAAGAGAGGACAUUAAAGAGAGUCGCCAUCCUUUUGCUUUGUAUGGAUCAGGGGAGAAAGAUGCAGACGUUGCAAGCAGAAAGACUCACAACGUUGGUCCUGCAGCUUCAACUGCUGAGAUUUAUGAAUCGGCUCUGAGGGCCAAGACCAGGCGAGAGGUGGAGCGUCAGAUCCAGACCCAGAGAGCCGAGCGGAGGAGAGCCAAGUCUACUGAUCAGGACAAAGCCAGGAAACUGGUUCCAGCUAACUUUAACCCUUGGCUCACAGAAUACAUGCGCUGCUUCUCUGCUCGCACCCGAUAGCACUGUUCCAGCAUAUCAGGAUGGUUAAAGCCACUAUUGACUGUAAACUCUGAUGUGGAAACAUCUG